CUGGUGUCAUGGCGCCAUUGACGUCAUUCAGAAACAAUUUAUUAUUAUUAUUUCAACACAUUCAUGUUUUUUUAUAGAUGAAAAAUCCCACUUGUUCCACCCAUGAUUUAACAAGUGUAUCGAUUUGUGUAUUUUGUUGACGUGACACACUCGUUGAUGAACCUGUAGAUACAAAAUUUGAAAUAGUUCUCGUAUAUUUAGUUCAAUUGAGUGCCCAUAAACACGUGAAUUUACUUAACUUUAUUGAUAUAAUUUUUUUUUGAUAAAAAAUUUUAAUAUUAUCAAAAUAAAACAAAAUAAUAAACAAAUAAUUAUAUAAUAUAAUUACAAAACAAGAUAAAAUUACUUGAUGGUAAAUAUGACAAGAAUAAUUAAUUUAAAAAUAUUAUUUUAUUUCAUUGGUGUGACCUUGUUACUGGGGUCAAUUGUAGAAUGUAUAGAAGUUGAAAGAUAUGAUCUAUUGAUGCCAAAAGUAAGACCAAAUGUGGAAGAGCUAUACUUGUGUACACCAAUUAAAAUAAAUAUGACAAGUAGUUAUUAUAUUGUUGGUUUUGAGCCAAAUGCAUCAAUGAAUACAGCUCACCAUAUGCUUGUUUAUGGAUGUUCAUCACCUGGUUCUAAAAAAUUUGUUUGGAAUUGUGGUGAAAUGUCGAAUAAUGUUGAUGAUGGACGUGAACAUAGUGGACCUUGUCACAAAGAUUCUGAAAUAAUAUAUGCAUGGGCACGUGAUGCACCAAAAUUAACAUUACCACAAGGUGUUGGUUUUAAAGUUGGUGCUGGAACAACAAUAAAAUAUCUUGUACUUCAAGUACACUAUGGACAUAUUGAUAAAUUUAAAAAUGAUAAAAAUGCACUUGAUGAUUCUGGUGUAUUUCUUGAAUAUACACGUAAACAAUUAAAUAAACAAGCUGGUGUUAUAAUAUUAGGUACAGGUGGUGUUAUUGGACCAAAAAGAACUGAAUAUAUGGAAACAGCAUGUGUACUUAAUGAAGAUAAAAAAAUAAUACCAUUUGCAUAUAGAACACAUACACAUUCAUUGGGUAAAAUUGUUUCUGGUUAUGUUAUUAAAAAUAAUAAUUGGAUUGAAUUGGGUAAACGUGAUCCAUUAACACCACAAAUGUUUUAUCCAAUUAAUAAUCAAUUAGAAAUUACAAAAAAUGAUACAUUAGCAGCAAGAUGUACUAUGGUUAGUAAUAGAGAUACAUGGACACAUGUUGGAUCAACAGCAAUGGAUGAAAUGUGCAAUUUUUAUUUAAUGUAUUAUGUUGAUAAUGGUGAACCACUUAAAACAAAAUACUGCUUUACAGCAGGACCACCUGGUUUUACAUGGCGUAAUGCUGGAAUUAUGAAUAUACCAGAAAUAGAAGCAUCAUCAUUGUAAAUUAAUUUUUUACUAUUUUUCAUAGUUUAUUUUUAACUAAUCUAUGAAACAAAUAGUAUCUUUUUUUUUUUUCUUUUAGUCAAAUUGAUCUAUAUUUUAAUGAUUUUAAAUGAUAAAAAUACUUAAUUAUAUCUGCGAUAUUUAUUUUAGAUUUGUUAUUAUUCAAGAGAGAAUUUUACUUUGAAAAAGACAAAAAAAAAAAAUUAUUUUUAACAAUUAAAAUAUUAUUCCAGUCAGUAUUUUAUACUUCCAUAGUAAUUAAUAAAUUUAAAAUAAUUUAUGAUGUAUUUUUUAAUAAUUACUUAACAAUACAUUCCGUUAAUUUUUUAAGUUUGUAUAUAAACAAUGAGGCACGUACUUUUUAAUAGAAUUAGUAUGGCACAUUUAAAUUAAUAUUUUAUUGAAUUAUAGUCGUUUAAAUUUGUAAAUUUUAUCAGGCAGUUGAUGAAAAUUAAUAUUUUAUGAUUCUCAAUCAAUUUAUUGUUGGUGCUAUUAAAACAAAAAAAAUAAACAAAUCAUAUCUUGUGCAAACUACGGUAAAUUGUAUAUUAUUGUGAAAAGAAAAAUAUAUGGAGAUGUGUAACUAAAAAAAGAAAGAUUUAUAAAUCUUGAAUAUCAAUUGUAUGUAUAUAUUAUAAACAAAGUGAUUAAAUACGAUUGAAUAUUUAACAAAAUAUUAUGAAUAAACGAAAGAAAUAUAAAUAAGUUAUAUGAUAUGUUGAUGCAUUUAUUUUUCUUGAAGGAGAAAAUUAGAUUUUAGAUAUUAAAUAAUAUUGGACAGCAAACGUAACAGUUGUUUUCCAGAGU